UAAAAAUUAGGAAGACGACGAUUCGGUACUGCAGCAGCUUCUGCUGGUUUUUGGUGUAGCAAUGUCAAUAGUAGAUCUCAAGCUUUCCCGAUCGAACCGUAUAUAUAGUCCGUCUGAACCUCUUGAUGGCAAAAUUGUGGUUUGAAUCACCUCCUCCCUUUGCUCCUCGAUAAUAUGAAAGAAAGCAAUACACAGCAACGAGGCGGUGUCUAGCUUUGCCACUCCCCCGCGCUCCCUUUUGAUAUCUUCAUCGUGACUGUCUUCGCUUACAUGCUUUCUCUGCUUAAGGUUCGCGGAGGAUCGGCGGGAGUUAUCGAGGCCUUCUAUGGGGUUGUUAAGCCCAUUCCUAUCGUGAAUAAGAGCAUUGAAGUUAGACCUUCUGGGAAGAUUGCUCGAGGAACGACAGAGAUACCAUUUUCUAUAGUCCUGAGACAGCCACAGGAAGAUAACUCAGAAAGAUUUUAUGAGACCUUCCAUGGAGCAAAUAUUACUAUCCAGUAUUUCUUAACUGUAGAAGUAAUGAGAGGAUACAUACACAAAUCAUUAUCUUCAACAGUGGAGUUCAUAAUUGAAAGUGAUAAAGCUGAUCUACUUGAACGACCAGUUUCUCCAGAGAUGGUAAUCUUCUACAUUACCCAGGAUACUCAGAGACAUCCAUUACUUCCAGAGCUAAAAUCAGGUGGCUUCCGAGUAACAGGAAAAAUGUCCACUCAAUGUUCUUUGCUGGACCCAAUCAAUGGGGAGCUAACUGUGGAAUCAUCUGCUGUUCCCAUUCGUUCAAUUGACAUUCAUUUGCUUCGUGUGGAGUCAAUUCUUGUAGGAGAGAAGAUUGUCUCAGAAACCUCUUUGGUUCAGACUACACAGAUUGCAGAUGGAGAUAUCUGUUAUAACAUGGCUCUUCCCAUCUAUGUUAUACUUCCUCGCCUUUUGACUUCUCCAACUGUUUUUGCUGGACCAUUUUCAAUUGAGUUCAAAGUUCUGAUAGCCAUUACUUUUCAGUCGGACCUAUCCAAAUUGCACACAAAAUCCGAUCCAACAACGCCAAGACUCUGGCUGGCAAUGGAAAGCCUACCACUUGAACUUAUCCGCGCAAGGUGAGGUGAUGUUUUUAAAAGUUUUUGCAUAUGAUCCUGAUGAGAGCAAAAAGGGUCUUCUAAUAAUGGGCUUUAUACUUGUGCUAUCAAACGCUCUGCAUGUGUAUUUUUAAAAGCGUUCUAGAAGAUGUGAAUGUAAUCAUCAAAUAGGAAGCACAAAGUUCCUGUUUGGUCUUUAAUACGAAAGUUUAAUGAACAGAAGCCCAAAUAUAAAAAAACUUGUACUAGACACCACAGGAGACUGUAACAAGCUGAGAAAAGCUGCCCCUUAUCUUACCAUGCUCUCUGCGUCUCAUCUGGAGAUCGGUGGCUGAAUAGAAGCCUUUACUAUCAUGGUUUACCUUUCUUUUCAAUUUUUUAUUUAAGCUUGGGAUUUCAUUGGAUGUAUGUCAGAGGUAUAAUCCUGAUUUAAUUUUCUUGCAGUUCAAUCUCUAUAAUUUUUUUAA